UACUGGAUGUUCAAAUUCAGGGAUAUCACUCAAGAUCACUAUGACCCAAGGAACAAAACAUAUUUGCAGACGAAUUUUGCAUCAAUCAGUUCCAUUAUUCAUUCCAUUCCCACUCUGGUGACAACUGUAUUGGUUUCAAUGUUUGGACACAAACUUGACGUGAGAUUCCGUUUGUUGAGCACCCUCUCCAUUUUAACUGCGACUUUCAUACUUUUUACAAUAUUUGUUGUCGUUGAUACAGAUUCAUGGCAGAUGGGUUUUUUCAUUCUCACCAUGGUGGUCACUAUAGUGAAUUCAAUUGCAGGAAUCCUUUUGGGAGUUACAAAUUUCGCAAUAAUCGCAAAGUUUCCGACAGCUUACUUAAAAUUCCACAUGUAUGGAAGUACAACAGCAGGAAUUUUCAGCUCUAUACUUCAGGUAAUAUGUUUGUCUGCCGGAGGAAAUUCUACUCAAGUUGGUUUAUUGUAUUACCUUGUCGGUACAUCGAUAUUGGUUGUGACUGUGAUAACGGCUUAUUCAACAAAAUACCUUUCAUUUUUCCAAUUUUACAUGGGUGAUACUUCAGAAAGUACAAGAAAACCAAUGCCAUCUUUAUCAGUAUUGAUGGAAGUUUCAAAGAGGAUGUGGCCAUUCCUUGUAUCAAUGAUAUGGGCGUUGCCUACAUUUGCCUGGAGUUCUCCCACUAUUUUGAUAUUGAUAGUACCAGAAAAUUACAAACGAGGCGAUCCUUGGACAGGUGAGUCUAAUUUAUAUUUCAAUUCGCAACAGAGAUUCACACAACAAGUUGAGUUGAUCAAAUGACUUAGAGAUUACAGA